AUGAAGGUGAUUGACUGCGAGCUACGGACAAUUGUGGCUGCUCCAGCUGAUUGCCAAUACGCAGCACUGUCGUAUGUCUGGGGAGAGCUGCCCUCAGAUGAGACCUGGAAGACGGCAGGCGAGGGAAUUGAAGGGCGAAAGCUUCCCGAGUUACCAGAUACUAUCGAAGACAGCAUGCAGAUUGCCCGGGAUCUUUCGAUACCGUAUAUUUGGGUCGAUAGAUACUGCAUCGAUCAAGCAAACAAGGUCGAUAAGCAUCGACAAAUACAACAGAUGGAUUUGAUUUAUUCUUCAGCUACAUUAACGAUCAUUGCGGCAGCUGGAGAAAACCCUAGCUACGGCUUACCAGGAUUGAGUGGAGGCCCGAGACAAGGACAACACAGCUUACGCAUCGGCGACCGUCUUUUAGUUGGAACGAUACCACCAGUACUGUCUAAUUCUACGUGGGCAUCUCGUGGUUGGACAUACCAAGAAGGUAUUUUGUCACGCCGUCGACUCAUCUUUACAGCUCAACAGAUGUUAUACGAGUGCAAUGGUAUGCACUGUACAGAGUCUUUAGUACUACCACUCGAUGUUUUACAUACCAAAAGCCGACAUAGAUUCAAAACGUCUGUAGCUUUAGGCUAUUUUGAAGCAAAGCGUCCCGGUAGCAACGCACUCGACAUCAUGCAGUACAUCUCUGAAUACUACCAAAGACACCUCUCCUUCGACGAAGACGCCCUCAACGCUAUGCGAGGAGUGCUUCAAGCAUUUCACAAAGCGCCCGCAUCUCGGAGAGUAUACACUGUCACAGGCGUUCCAAUCUGCUCUAUACUAUACUCCAAAAAGUAUGAGAAUCCAACUCCGGCACAACUGUUUCUCUUGGGCUUACUCUGGUAUCAUGUCGAAGGCGGUAUUAGAAGAAAACAUCACCCAAGUUGGUCAUGGGCCGGAUGGAAAGGCGGGAGAUUACAAUCCCACAGUUUACUAAGACGAGAGUGGUUCUUUCUUUCUGGGCCAAGUGACACAACAGUCUCGAUCGAAUUAACCGAUGGCCAAUUGAAAGAGUUUCCUGACUUUAAUGAUCUAUCGGACUUCCUGUCUUCGAUAGACUACUCAGCGAGAUACAUCCACAUUGAAGCAUGGACUAUACCUUGUUCAAUCGUUCAUAUAACGCAAAAGUCAUCAAAAUUUCUGCAAUACUCGGAGUUUUACAUAAGCUUUCCAAUAAAUGAUGUCGACGUUGGAUAUCUACAAACCCAUCUGUCAAUUGACACGUCAGAUCCCAUUCAGCGCACAAACCUCCUGCAGAAGACUUAUGUUGUAAUAUUCCUACCAUGGGAACACUCGCGAAAAGAACCCCGACGGGCAUUUGGCUUGGUAGUCGAGGACAAAGGACUUUUCUAUGAGCGAGUAGGUUGUUUUGAGCUUAGCGAAGUUGGCGUUUUAAGGUCCGCUUGGUGGCCUCACGAUGUUGUUUUGGACUCGGGAGACUCUAAACGCGACAUGAUUGAGCGAUCAUCAUUAUCGCAAUGGUUUUACACUAUCCCAAAGCGUAGACAAAAGAUUCGCUUAGGUUGA